CGGCCUCCGCAUUCCAAACCCAUUCCGGCCUGCCAUGAGCCUCUGAGACGACCUCAAUUAGCACGGGCUCUGGUGUUCAUUCGACUGUCGACCCCAGGAUGUCGCUCCUCUCCGCGUGGAGAGGCUUCGGAUGCCGCUCGCUGCCUGCAGCAAGCUCAAGACCGCCUUGCAUCCGAGCACUUCACCAGCGGAGUGUAUCGAAGGCAUUAUCCAAGCUGCCAGCAAAUACGGCCUUCGGAAUAGGCUCCCGACCGCUGGGUGGUUUACUGCGACAGCAAGGUCUUUGGAGGCAAGGGAGGCACCUUAGUCUCGGUACGAAAAGUAGCCAACCCCGACCCUUCGAUGCGAAGUUCUUCUCCAGCAAUGCUGCAGCAAUACCCAAGCUCCCGGUGCUCUCUCGGCCACCGGUCGCAGGCUGGCUCAUAGCCUCUUCGGUUCUUGUUUUUACUGUCAUCGUUGUGGGCGGAGUCACCCGCCUCACUGAGUCUGGUCUAAGUAUCACGGAAUGGCGGCCCAUCACCGGUAUCCUACCCCCUCUCUCACAAGCGGAAUGGGACGCGGAAUUCACCAAGUACAAGGCAACUCCGGAGUUCAAGCUGCUGAACCACUCGAUCACACUUGACGAGUUCAAGGAUAUCUUUUACAUGGAAUGGGGACACCGUGUCCUAGGCCGUCUCAUCGGGAUCACCUUCGUCGGGCCCCUCGCGUACUUCAUCCUGAGCAACCGUCUGACCGCCACGCUCCCGAAGCAGCUCCUGGGCAUUUCCCUGCUGAUCGGCGCGCAGGGCGUACUCGGGUGGUACAUGGUCAAGUCCGGACUGGAAGAAUCGCUCAUGGACACCCCGGGCGCCGUCCCCCGCGUGUCGCAGUACCGGCUCGCGGCGCACCUCGGCACGGCGUUCGUCGUGUACGCGGGGAUGCUGGGCACGGGCAUGGCGGUGCUGUACGACUGGCGGUAUGGCAUGAGCGGCGCGUGGGCUGGCUUGAAGGGCGAGGCCGCGAACUGGAACAAUAUCCUGCAGAACCCAGCUGUAAAGCGGUUCGCGCGGUAUUCGAAGCUGCUCACGGGGCUCGUCUUCCUCACGGCACUCUCAGGUGCAUUUGUCGCGGGUCUGGACGCGGGUCUGCUGUACAACGAGUUCCCGCUCAUGGGUGGACGCAUCGCGCCUCCCGCAGACGAGCUCUUUUCAACAGCAUAUGCCAAGAGUCCCGACGGCUCAGACAUCUGGUGGCGCAACAUCUUCGAGAACCCCACGACCGUACAGUUCAACCAUCGAUGCCUGGCCAUCACGACUUACACUGCAACCGCGGCCCUGUACGCACUGAGCCGCAGCUCGGCGUACAAAGCGGUCCUUCCGCCCCUCGUCAAGCGCAUGAUGGUCUCCGCGUUCGCAAUGGCGAACGUACAGGUCCUGCUUGGCAUCAGCACUUUGCUCUACCUCGUCCCUGUCCCACUCGCGGCGGCACACCAAGCCGGAAGCGUGUUGCUUUUGACUACGAUGGUCCAGCUGUUGAUUUCGUUGAGGAGACCAGGCGCGGCGGCGCGGGCAUGGAGGCAGGCGUUGCUUGCGAAGGGUGCCAAGCCAACGAAGGCGCCAUAGAGUUCACUGUUCAGAGCAUACAGGGUAGAUCGUAGUAUUUAUUCGUCAGCUGAUCGUCGCAUCGUAGCGUACUCACCCCUGCUCAU